GCCGACUGCUCCUAUUAUAAGACAUAUGUAGGCGAAUUAAAAAUGACGUGCGACCAUACAAACGCAAGAUGGGUUACAGAAGGGGAAUGUCAAGAAUACAGCACACCCCUCAAUAUACAAGACAUUCGCCUUUCUGGUGGGCAGAGUAAGAUUGAAGGAAGAGUUGAGAUCAAGUCAAUGGAUACAUGGGGCACUAUUUGCAAAGAUCGAUUUGGCAUAAGAGAGGCUGACGUUAUAUGUAACAUGAUGGGCUUCCCUCCAGCACAAGACGUGUAUUUAAAUGGUGAAUAUGGCGCCGGGACAGGGCCGAUAUUUGUCGACGAUCUUUCAUGUGGUUUAUCUGACACGCACAUUAACAACUGUUCGUAUGUUACAUACGAUAACUGUUCACACCUUCAAGAUGUGGCCGUGAAAUGCACAGUAUGCGAUGAACCAACACCAAAUAAUGGCUCGGUCAACGGGACACAGUUUGUAUACGGCACAGUUUUAGAAGUAUCUUGCGACUUCGGACACUACUUAGUAGGCGAUCAAUACAUAACUUGUCAGAGGAACUCUGCAUGGAGUAGUCGACCAGAAUGUCCUCUAAUUGAUUGUGGCGACCCUACACCAGAAAACGGCAGGAGCAAUGUUUCACAGACCACAUUGAAUGAAGUUGUAGAAAUUACGUGUGACGAUGGAUAUAACAUCUCGGGGAGUUCAGUUAUACAGUGCCAAGAGAAUCUGCAGUGGUCGAAUGACACAAUAUGUGUAAUAGUGGAUUGUGGACCGUUAGAGGCUGAACACACACUUGUCGAUAUUGAGAAUAUUACAACAUUUGGCGAGGUAGCUCUUGUUAGCUGUGAUACUGGGUAUCUACCUGAGGGAACAACUCCAGUCGAAUGUCUUGCUAACGGAACUUGGAGUGAAAUUCCUUCCUGUAGAGUAAAAGACUGUGGAGAUCCAACCCCAAGCAGAGGCCAGAGGAACAACACCGUAACCACGUACGGAACUGUUGUGUUUAUAUCAUGUGACGAGGGCUUAGAGGUUACCGGUAACUCUGUCAUAGAAUGUCGGGCGGACGGAACCUAGAGCGAUAAUCCUGUCUGUGACU